AUGGGGGUGACCGUCAGUGCCAGCACAAAACUCUCUGCCUUCUGCCCCACACCAAAAGUGAUCAGGUGCAUGACCAACACCCCUGUCAUUGUCCGGGAAGGUGCUACAGUCUAUGCCACUGGGACUCAUGCGGAUGUGGAGGAUGGGAAGCUCUUGGAACAACUGAUGGCCAGCGUAGGCUUCUGCACCGAGGUGGAGGAGGACCUGAUAGAUGCUGUAACGGGGCUCAGUGGCAGUGGCCCUGCGUAUGCGUUCACCGCUCUGGAUGCUCUGGCAGACGGGGGAGUGAAAAUGGGACUUCCCCGCAGGCUGGCUGUUCGACUCGGAGCACAGGCUUUGCUGGGUGCUGCCAAAAUGCUGUUAGACUCUGAGCAGCAUCCUGGUCAGCUGAAGGACAACGUCUGCUCGCCCGGGGGAGCCACCAUCCAUGCCCUGCAUUUCCUGGAGAGCGGUGGCUUUCGCUCACUCCUAAUCAAUGCUGUGGAGGCUUCCUGCAUCCGGACGAGGGAGCUGCAGCAUCUGGCAGACCAAGAGAAGAUCUCCCCAGCAGCCAUAAAGAAGACUUUGUUGGAUAAGGUGAAGCUGGAGUCUCCUUCUCUGUCUGUGGCAUCUGCCAGCAAAGUCAGUCUGUUCACCAGUAAGAGCCCCAGCAGCAAGAAGAACUGACCAGACCGCCGUAGUCUGGCUGUGCUGAACAUCAGUCUCCUCUGUGCCCUUUCUUUUUUGUAUAAGGAAAAAAAGCUCACUCUCAGUGUUGGUGUCCCCCAAUACCUGGCUCUUGGCUUGCAGCAGCUGCGGGGCAGUGCAGCGCUGUAGAAGAGGGUCUUUAACCUGUAGUGGGGUUGGUACAAACUGUCCCUGGCGUUGCUGCUCUUUGUUGGGCAGGGGUGAGAUCCUCAUCAGAGCUUCAUCAUGGGCAUUGUUUGUCCAGAAGCCUUGGUUACUUCUAGGCAGCGUUCGUGGUGUCCCAUGCAGAAAUGGUUUCUGAUAGGAUUUUUUAAGAGGUAUCAGAAUGCCUUUUGGUCUUAGAAGUUUGAACCAGGCCUAGAUCCCUCCUGCCCCAUCUUGCAUCUGCUGUCAGAGCUUGUGUCUUGUCGCUGUCUUUAUUAGAGCAGAUGCUGCCACACAAAUGCAGGGCUGCACAAUACAUUAGAGGCUGGGCUCUAAAGCACCUCUCAGAAGGGACCAAAGUGCCUCUGCCCUGUCUCAUAUCUGCCUUGACUUUGAGAGACAGAUGGUGUGAACCUCUGGACCCUCUUUGCCAGCUGCCCCUUCUCUGUGCUCUGUCUGGUUUGGGGUGCUGUGAACUGCUCUCGCUGCCCCACUGUUGCUGGUAGCCUGGCUUGGGUGUUGGGCAGGUGGAGGGGUAGCGAGUGCUCCCUUUUCCCUUUGACACCUCUUUGUGCUCUCCAUGGGCAGAAUCUGUUCCCACCCACCCAUGGAUAUGUUUCAGCGUCACUGUGCUCCCUGAUGCUCUCCUUGCACUGCUCCCGGGGUAGCUGAGAGCAGAGCUGAAGUCAAAGACAAACCUCCUCGGGAGAAGGACACCUUCUGUGCCGUUCCCUUAGACUCAUGCAGGCGUUUGUACCCAGGUGCUGGGCUACUGUGUGGCAGCAGGACUCUUCUUCGGCACCUUUCCUUGCAUCAGGCUAUACCUCCUUGGAGUGCAGUGUUGAUGCCUAUUGACAGUGGCUGCUCCGCUUCAGCUUGUGCGGUCCAGCUGUGUUGUGAUGGAGUGGCUGUCCCUUCCAGACAGCAUUUCUCCCAACAGAGCCCCUGGGCUGGUGAAAUCCAGCACAGCAGCCCUCGCUGUUGCCUUAUGUUGGCACAGUUAUGUCUGUCUGGUAUUUCCUAGACCAUUUCUUUUUUUCUUCCUGUUCCUUUGAAGGUGUUGCACUGCACUUUCCCCUUCUUUGAAGGGGAAAACACCUAGAAAAAAGUUCGGGGCUCCUUCAUGCAGUUGCAUUCCUAGUUCUUUAGAAUACAAGAGUAAAGGGAAACACCGAGUCAUCUGGUCUGGCUGUGGCUCCCAUCUUGUUCCAGCUCACCCAGCUUGUCCUGCAUGAGACACAGGAGGAAAGUCUGUCCCUGCUUGACAAAAAAGAGGUCCAGGGAGGACUUGAGAAGCCCUAAUGCAUGUCCAACCACAAGGACUUGCUGAGUGAAACACAUCCAGGCGACUAUGCUUUUGCAGAGGAGGAAGACUCCUGCUCUUCUGGUCUGGAGAAUUUCCCAAGUCUGACUCAAACUGAGCAAGAAACAGCAGCAAAGGGUGGGUUCUAGGAGCAGCGGGACCUUCUGCCCCUCAAACUCCAGUAUUUGUGAAGGAAGGAGGCUGGCCAGGGUUGUGGUAGCAACAAGGAGGGAGGGUGGCCCUGCUCGACCCUUCCUGCCGGCACAGCCCCGAGCGCCAGGCCAGGCGUGAGCAGGCACCGUGCUGUGUCGAGGGCAACGCAGCGCCUCUCUUCCCUGGGCCCGCUGGGGAAAGGGAUGCAUGAGGGUUGUAGACUUAAAGGGCAGAAGGGACCAACGCUCUGGUCAGAUGGAAAGUGGAUUACAGCCCAUCGUCUAGGAGGACAGUGAACCUUCCUUUCAGGCACAGGCUUGGGAGCCAGCCCCAGAACAGCAGCAAAGAGAAGGUGGCCUCUGCUGCUUUCUUUAUAGCCAAUGUCCCUGCGCGGCUUCCUUGCCUCUACUUUUCUCCCGGAGUCUUGAGUCCUGUCCCAAGACAGGAAACUGCACAAAGCACGCAAGCUGCCCCUGCUGCUUUUACAGGGUGGCAGUGGGAGCAACAGGCUGGAGGGGAUGGAACAGAUUUGGGUGGGUAACGGUUGUACUGUAUUCUUCCUUGGGGUGUGCUGGAGGAGUGCUGGUAAAAGGAGGACGUUGCAGAUGGGCCUAUUGUCUCCCGAGGAGUUCUGGCCAUGCAGGUGAUGCAGGAAAAGCAUUUCAAUAUUGAUGUGGAGGCUGCCAAAGGUGCUAGCAAUGUUAAAGCAUUUUUAGUAUUAGGCUUUCAGCUGGUGGCAGGGUAUGACCCUA